AAUCCCCCACUCUUUCCCCAACCCACCCCACCCCACGCCCUCCCGUCUCCCCGCCGCCUCCUCAUCCGCGUCGCAAACCCUCGUCCAAUCCGCCGAAUCCCGCGACCAAGGAACCCAAGGUAGAUCGAUGGCCAAGAGCUCGUUCAAGCUGGAGCACCCGCUCGAGAGGAGGCAGGCGGAGGCUAACCGCAUAAGAGAGAAGUACUCUGACAGAAUUCCUGUGAUCGUUGAGAAGGCUGGGAAGAGUGAUAUUCCUGACAUUGACAAGAAAAAGUACCUUGUCCCAGCUGAUCUUACAGUUGGACAGUUUGUGUACGUGGUUCGUAAGCGUAUCAAGCUCAGCGCUGAGAAAGCGAUCUUCAUCUUUGUCAAGAACACUCUUCCACCAACAGCUGCCCUGAUGUCUGCGAUUUACGAGGAGAACAAGGACGAGGACGGCUUCCUCUACAUGACCUACAGCGGGGAGAACACCUUUGGAUCGCUCGAAUCGCUCUAGGUGGUGCCGCCACGAUGACAAUCACUCUGAAUGUCUCCUGUAAAUAAGGCGUGCCAAUCAACUGUGUAUAUAUUCUGGUUUGCCUCGUCGUAGGAUCUUUAAAUUGUGCAACCAAGAAAAACCUAGUAUCCUGACUUGUCCUAUUUGAAUGUUCUGACUUAUAUAUAUCAAGUAAUCGACUAUGAAAUUCGGUAA